UGUGUUUCGUAAACAUUGACAACAAAUUGUUUUAAAUGUGAAAUCAAUUGCAUUUUCAUUGUAUACCGGAUUAGUGUUACGAUUAACUCAACAAAUGAAGAUCUAUUGGUUUAUAUCAGUUGUGGUCAACAUAGUGUUGGUGGCAAUCGACCAAUCGUUUGCCGAAGACUUACUCAUCAAUGAAUCCAAUAUCCAAUACAUUAAACUAUUUCACGCCUUCAGUAAAGACCUAAACUACGAGUCGAGGGCUUUGAUCACAAUUAAUGGCCUCAACAACAGUCCAUUCAUACGACAGGAACCGCUGUCUACUGAUGCCAUGAUUGCCCUCCAACAAAGUUCAAGUGAGGGAUCAUUUUAUUAUCUCAAAGCCGUUGCCAUCAAGUCUUUAGACGAUGAAAAUGCCGUCAAGACUUCGACCACUUUUAUUAAAGCCUGUUCACUCUAUGAGUCGUCCCUUUCGGAUGUUUUGGUCGUAACCCUCGACUCGAACGGACAGUUCUUGUCAUUGAGUGCAUCCACUCUUAACCAGCAAUGCAUUCCUUCGGUGAAGAGUUCUUUGGGAUCAAAAUUGUCUAAUUUUAACACAACUGUUGUGGUUAUGCCAACAAUUGUCUCGAAUGGUCCCGACACUCAGGCAUAUGUCCAGCGCAUGGAACAGGAGAAGUCUGAGAAGCUUAGGGGCGAUAAGACAGACAACCGAUCCUUCUUUGCUAAAUACAACUCUUUGAGGAUUAGCUUCCAAUCGGGUCAAUGUCUCGAAGAAUAUGUUCUCUUCUUUGGCAAUCCAUGGCCUGAAUGGACACAACACUUGAUAUGGACUGACAUCGAUGUGAACGCCUAUAUUAAGUGUAGCGAAGUGUGUGAGGACUGGCUGUGA